CAGCGCUCGGGUAUAUAUUGGGCCGGGAAUCCAUCUAUCGGUACUCUCUCAGUCGCUCCGACUCGGGAACCAGAGCAUCAGCAGAGAUAGCAGGGAAUCAUUUGCUAAACUCCUCAGGCUAACUCGCUCUCGUCUUUGGUUCGGAAUGGAAACAUCAACUUUUACGCGGAGCCAACGCAGCUCCAUUGCGCACAACUUUAAGAGCGCUUUCUCGCUCUGGCUGGUUGUCUGGCUGGUCGUGGUAAAACCCGUGCCUGCGCAGAACUGCCCUCACCGGUGCGUCUGUUACCCGACCCCCAUGACCGUGAGCUGCCAGGCGCAAAACUUCACCAUUGUGCCCACCGGCAUGCCCUACGAAUCCCAGCGUGUUUUUCUGCAAAACAACCGCAUCACUGAACUGAGAGUGGGGUCUUUUGGUUUUGGCACACAGGUGUUGUGGCUGUUCUCCAAUAACAUAACCUGGAUUGAGGCUGGAGCAUUCAGCGAGCUCCGUGAUCUGGAGGAGCUCGAUUUGGGCGACAACCCUCACCUGCACCGCCUUGAGGGAGGAGCUUUUCGUGGCCUGGAGAAACUCCAGAGCCUCCACAUGCACCGCUGCCGUCUGGCUGCCCUCCCCCAUGACAUCUUCCACAAGCUCUACAGUCUGCAGUUCCUCUACCUGCAGGAGAACCAACUCCACUUCAUCCAAGAUGAUCUCUUCGCUGACCUGAUCAACCUCAGCCAGCUCUUCCUGCAUGGCAACCGCAUCCGCACCCUGUCCGAGAAUGUGUUUCGCGGUCUGGUCAACCUCGACAGGCUGCUGCUGCACGACAACAGGGUCCGACAGGUCAACCGCCGCGCUUUCCGUGACUUGGGCCGGCUGACCAUGCUGUUCCUCUUCAACAACUCCCUGUCAGAGCUGCCCGGUCAAGCCAUGCGUGACGUCGCCUCCAUCCAGUUUCUGAGGCUGAACAACAAUCCCUGGGCAUGCGGCUGCGAGGCUCGUCCUCUUUGGGAGUUCUUCAGAGGUGCUCGUUUGUCCAGCUCCGAGGUGCUUUGUGCCUCCCCAGCUCCUCGUCGUGGAGAAGACCUGCGCUUCCUGAGGGAGAUGGAUUUCGCUCUGUGCCCACUUCCUGAUCCCGGCUCAGUCUCUGGCACCACCACCACCACUUUCAGCACCAAGACCCGCUGGUGGUUCUCCAAACACAAGCCCGUCAGCACUUCCAAGGGCAUCUUCGAGAAGAACUCCGAGAUUAAGGCGUUCCCCUUCACUGGAGGGAAAUCACAGAUCACAUCCACAUCUACAAAGUACGAGCUUGGGGAGGAAGAGGCUUUACUUCCCAAGCUCGACCCGGAAGAGUACUGGGCCAACUAUGGCAAUGAAGAUGCAGGCAUGACCUCACGCUGCUUCGAGCUUGAGUGUCCCCCUGAAUUUGACUCUCUGCCACCUUCAGCUUCUUCUUCUCACUCUUCACCUUCAGUUCUUUUGCUGCUGUCUGUGUCUGUCUUGACUGUGUGCACCCAUCUGCUGUUUGGCUGAAUCUAUCUAUCUCCGAAGACUCUCACUUCCCUAAUUUUUCUCCUCUCUGGAGGAGGGAAAACCCCUUUGCUCAAAUUAACUUUUAAAUGCCUUGAUUCCUGUUUACCAUCAGCCUAACCUGUAUCUUUGUUCUGUUCAGUUUGAGCCUCUAGUUCUUUGCAUCUAGAGGGCACUAUUACUGAUGUAGGAUACAGUGGUUAAACAAGGGAACGUUGGGCAGUACAAGCCCUAAACGGAAAGUCAGAAAAGAGGGCUUGGUUAGCUAAGCUGAUAUGCUGUCCUUUUUUUUGAGGACAUGUAUAUUCAAAGGCAUCUCUGUCAGUCAGUGCAGACAGAGGAUAUCAAUUUCCACCUUAGGUUUACGUACAAUAUUUGUAUGCUUUUAACUUUUCAGUCACUCUAAGUGCUUCUAUGAUAGUUGUAAUUAUAGCUUGUGAUGUCACUUCGACACCCUCUAACUUUCUAUUAAUGCUGUCAGUGCUAAAGGUUUCAUUAUUAGAGAAUGGUUCAUCGCAAUAGCUUCAUAAGCACAGCAUUAGGUUACAUUUUCUUUGAAUGCAGUGAUUGGAUGUAAGAGCUGAAGAAUCAUUCAAGGCUAGAUGUGCGAAAACGAAACACGGGAGAAUAGCAGGACAGGUACAGAGAAAUAUGAGUUGGAGAUUACAAUAUGAUUGUAAAGAGAAUAAACAGAGAUAGAGCGAAACAAGCGAAAUCUGGGUACGCACAAGGGAAGGCGAAAACGAAAUUUCAUUACAUCACCCACCAGCUAUGACAGCAAUUAUCACUCGUGUAAAUAUGACACGUUGGCAGAGGGAGCUGUAAAUAGCGCUGUGAACGGCCUUAUGUUUGUCACUGUUGAUUGGCCAAAAAUGUCACUGUGAGUAAUGUCAGUUGUGAUAUUAUUUCUAUGACCAGUGCAUGGAAAGAUCAACCAAUGGCAGAUAAGUGAGUAAAUGCAAUUUUUUCUCCAAAAUGCAUCAGGUUUUGUCAUUUUAAAACUGAUUCAGUUUGUCUUUACAAGACUUUCAUUAUUCCAAAUUCACGUGUAGCUGCCUUUUCUCACUUCUAGGGAGAUAUUGGCAAAUGUUGAUCCAUUUCAGUUUAACCAGUCAGUCAGUAGCCAAUCACUACUAUAGGGCUGAAUUUCAAAAAAGGACAAUAUAUUUGUAUGUAACGCUAAUGAUUGUAUGGAUGUGACAGAUUGGUUGACAUAGAAAUACAUGUCUACCAUUGGUCAAUGACAGAAGCAAUAAUGGAUGCAUGAAAUGCUCUCUGCUUCUCAAACCUCUUCCAUUUGUCCUUAUCUGUUUUUUCAGUCUUACCUAGCUUUUUCCUCUUUCUAACUAGAGAGAUGGAGGGCAAUAAGAAACAGAGACAGGGCUAUUGAGAAAACAUGAUGUGUACAACUAAGAGUAGAGGAAGAGAGAGAGAAAAAGAAGGAUGGGGUGGUGGAUGUGGGUGGUAGAGAGCAAGAGAAAGGCGAUAAAUAAUGGACAAGUGAAAACGAAGAAAAAAUGCAAUGCAGACUCAAAUUAAUGGAGCUAGAUCAUACUGUUGUCAUCUUUAGGUACGGUUAAUUCUAGCAAUAUCCUGUCUGAUGUUAACCAUUAGAUAUUAUGGAAGCAAAUAAUACUGCCAUCUUUGUCCCACAGGUAUUUUAUAUGUUGCCACGGUACAUUUACUGUAUGUCUCAUGUAUAAUGAUUUAAGUGUCUUUUAUGUAAAAUAUGAGUUGGACGGGUCAGGUCAAACUGCCUUGAGGUGCUCUCGAGUGACCAUAUUUGUGAGGUCACUCAAAGAUGACCAAAGCAUUAGUUAUACCUUUGUACCCAGAAUGUAUGAUGCAUUUAAAUGUAAGACUGUGAAAGAAUGAGCUGUUUUUUUCUAUACAAACAUGAAAAAAGUGUUGGAAAGCAUGAUAAAAAAAAUA